UGAAAGUAAUAUAAGUGUCCACUUCCGUAUUAAGAAAAUGCUCACAUGUGCGAUGUCAAAUAUUGUUAAUCUUAAACAAUAGUUAUUUUUUUAUUUCUUAUGUUAGGCAGGUGACGUCUUUAUAGAAAUACUACAUAGUGCAGACGUUUGUAUUUGCUGUUGAGGACGAUAAUAAGUGUCGAAAUGGCUCACCUCAGUCGUGAACGAAUUUUGUGUAAAAUGAUUUCGUCUGCUUCAGUCAUUACACAGACCAAACGAUGUCUCCACAACAGGAGAUACAUCACAAAGAUGUUCCAGAAUUUUGGGAAAGUUCAACCAGCAGAGACAGAGUUUACAUGCUCGAGUCAGAAGUUAAUGUUGUACAAUGAAGUCAUACAGUCCUGUCAUUCUGGAACUUAUCACAUGCUGCCCCUGGGACUGAGGGCACUGGAGAAACUCAUAAAGAUCAUAGACCAGGAGAUGCAAGUAAUUGGUGGUCAGAAGAUUGCAAUGCCAACUUUAGCGACAGCUGCAGUAUGGAAGAAAUCAGGUCGAUGGAAACAGACUGGUGCUGAGUUAUUCAAAUUGAAAGACAGACAUGGUAUAGAAUAUUGUCUGGGUCCAACACAUGAGGAACUGGUGACGGAUCUUGUUUCUUCGGUAUCACCAGUGUCAUAUAGACGAUUACCACUUUUACUGUAUCAGAUUACAAGAAAGUUCCGAGAUGAGAUGGCUCCAAAGUAUGGACUACUAAGAGGAAGAGAAUUUGAAAUGAAAGAUAUGUACACCUUUGAUGCUACAGAGGAAUGUGCCAAGGAAACCUACUACACUGUAUGUGAGGCUUACAGUAAAAUAUUUGACAGACUUGGAGUUAAAUAUGUGAAGGCUGCUGGAGACACUGGAAACAUUGGGGGGACGAUUUCACACGAGUUUCAUCUGCCAGCGGAAGUAGGGGAGGACACUUUACUGGUGUGUGACAGAUGUGGAUUUUCUUCAAAUAUUGAACUCCUAGAAAACUAUGUGGAGAGUGAUUUUAAAAGCUUCUGUCCAAACAAACAGAAUGACUGUGAUAUGAAGAAAUCACAUGGCAUAGAGGUUGGGCAUGCCUUUCUGCUGGGAAGCAAAUACUCCUCUGUGUUUGGGGCAAACUGUCAAACCAAGAUGGGCCAAAUGGAACCAGCACACAUGGGAUGCUAUGGGUUGGGAGUCACCAGGAUCCUACAAGGAUGUAUAGAGGUGUUAUCGUCCUCCAAACAGAUCCACUGGCCGGCUCUCAUAGCACCGUACCAAGUGUGCAUCAUACCUCAAAAGGAAGGAUUUGAGGCAGACACCUUUUUCAAACUUGCCGAGGACUUGAGUGACCAACUCAACACUAUGACAAACCUGUCAGGGGAGGUAAUCAUUGAUGACCGCACACAUAUGACCGUAGGGAAACGUUUGUACGAGGCACGGAGACUGGGUUACCCCUACAUCGUGGUCAUUGGGAAGAAGGCCCUGGAGACAGAAGCUCAGUAUGAAGUAAUCCACACCCUGGAACAAGAGCCCAUCUUCCUGUCAAGUGACCAGCUACAGCAUUGCAUGGCAUCAAUAGACACAGUCCCUCUAUUAUGAAGCCCUCAGUAAUAGUAGAUAGGCUGUGAUCCAAAUGGCGAAUAGAUACCAGUCCAUCUGUGCUAAGUUAUUGCCAAAGUACAAGCUGGCGUUAGUUGCAACAGGAGGGGCAGUAUCUUGGCAAGAACAUGACUCUUCAGUUCCUAGCAGCAGAACAAAGUGUUGCAGCAUGAGACAUGGCAAUGUUAUUAGAGAUAUAAGCUGUAAUACAUAACAUUUGUUUAUCUUGGAGGAGUCGAACAAUAUUUUUCAACAAUUUAUUUCAAGGCAUUCAGCAUGUCCUAUCAUAAAGUUUCUUUUCAUAGACAAUGCUUUCGGAGUAUCUUUGUGACAAAAAACAUUUUAUUGUGAACAAAACAAUAUUCUCCCUCAGAAUACCUUACAGCAUCCCUCAGACACUUUAUGCCAUCAUUGAUUACUUGUUCAUGUGAUUCGAGG